UUAAAUAAAGGUUUAAAAAAUAAUUAAUAAAUACAAAAUACACGCAUACACGCGCGCGCACUCGCACGGCGAAGGGGAAUCACUGAAGCUUGGAUUUCACGUCGAGGCGCUCUUGCCCGAUGCAAUAUGUUGCUAAUCUGACUGCGCGUUGAAUCAUAUCAGAGAGCCGCUUCAUGUUUAUCAACGUCAACCAGGGAAACCAGAGGCGGUUUUAUCUCUUGCCCGAGCUCUUUCACUUUUUAACAAGGACGUACAUAGCCCACGCGUAAAACCUCGACAGGACACGUGUAAUUUUGAGUCAGAACGGAGGAAAUAGAAGCAGGUUUUCUUCUAGGUUCUGAAUAACGCGGGUGAAGUUUUGAUUCAUUAGAAUCUGCAACGCAUUGAACGCUUACUGUCAAAGUGCAUGUGUGUUUUUUAGUAACACGAAGGAACGUUAUAGCAAUUUCCUAACUGCGAAAAUUCAAAGCAACUAUUCUUUGCAAGGGGUCCUACAAAUUUUCAGAGAAUGGUAAAUGAUCGAUGGAAAAUCAUGAACAGUGUUUCAGAACUCGAAGAUGGACAUCAGCAUAAAUCUCAGAGGAUGGGCUGUAGCUACUUCCUGUGCACCAUCAUGCUCUUCGUGGCCGUCCUCCUGGCCGUGACGGCAACGGGUACCAUCCUCUUAAUGAACCACUACCAAGCCCCGCCCCCCGGCACUAACAACGGUCCCCCACUCAUCUCCACCAACCAGGAUGAAGGCAACGCCCUGGUGACGGUCGAGCGGGGCGACGGCUCACGCAUCAACAUUUUCAUCGACCCCAACUGCCCCGACUACAACAACAACUUCCUGCGGCUGGAGGGUGUGCAGACUUCUCUGCUCCACUCGCUGACCGACCACGACACGAGCCUAAAGUCAGUGAAGGGCCAGGACCGAGCCUUGCUGGUGAAGUUGGCUGAGGAGGUGGCCAAGCUCUCGGCCCAUGCCAGCCAGCUCAGGUUGGAGUACGAAUCUCUAAGGCGAGGCCAGGGGAACCUGGGACAAGAGCUCAACACUCUGCAAACGGAGCAAGGCCGACUUAUCCAGCUGCUGUCUGAGAGCCAGAUCAACAUGGUGAAGGUGAUGAACUCAGUGAACGAUGCUCUCAACUCCAUGCAGAAGGAGACAGGGAACCUGAAGAGCAAGUUCAAGGCAGACCUCCAGAGAGCACCUGUUCGCAGUGCCCGGCCCAAAGGCUGCUCCAAUGGCUCCAGACCUCGGGACUGCAGCGAUAUCUACGCAAGUGGUCAGCGGGAGGACGGCAUCUACUCUGUCUUUCCCAUGCACUACCCUGCUGGUUUCCAGGUCUUCUGUGACAUGACAACGGACGGAGGAGGAUGGACGGUCAUUCAGCGCAGAGAGGAUGGCGCAGUGAACUUCUUCCGAGCAUGGGACGCAUACCGGGACGGCUUCGGCAAGAUCACAGGGGAGCACUGGCUUGGUUUGAAGAGGAUGCAUGCCUUGACCAUCCAAGCCAACUACGAGCUGCGAAUUGACCUGGAGGACUUUGAGAACAGCACAGCUUUCGCCCAGUACGGAGCCUUUGGAGUGGGACUGUUCUCUGUUGACCCGGAUGAGGAUGGAUACCCGCUGACUAUUGCUGACUACUCAGGCACUGCAGGUGACUCGAUGCUCAAACACAAUGGGAUGAAAUUCACCACCAAGGAUCAAGAUAACGAUCACUCAGAGAACAACUGUGCCUCCUUCUACCACGGCGCCUGGUGGUACCGCAACUGCCACACGUCCAACCUGAACGGACAAUACCUGCGUGGGCAGCACACCUCUUACGCCGACGGCAUCGAAUGGUCCUCCUGGACGGGUUGGCAGUACUCCCUCAAAUUCGCAGAGAUGAAGAUUAGGGCCACGAGAGAGGAGAACAAAUGAGAUGGAAACAAUACUACGUGAAACCAUAGACUAAUGGACUUAGGUGUUUUUAAAGACACUCAACCUGCCGUGAAUCAGAAUGAGGACUAUGCUCGUACUGUAACCCCUGUCCAAAAACAUUCUAAUCCCAUCUUGUGGUGUUGUGUUGAAGCCUCCAAGGUUUUGUAACCUUUUGCAAUCUCUCGCUGAUCUGAUCAUGUUUGUAAUAAUUAUGUCAAAAUAAUGCCGGUAAUGUCAGAACUACAGUAUCGUUGUGGAAUUUUGAAAUAUGAAAUGUUAGGAUUUCUCUCAUUCCCUUAAAUUAAUAGAAUUUCUUACAGUUUAUUUUGGCUGUCCCUGUUACUUGUAUAUACAGUUAUCUUUGCAUCUGACAGCAUCAUGAGUUCUCCUAAGUGUUACGCACUGGUUUCGGUGAACCAAGUUUGCUUGAUGAGUAACCUUGCUUGAGACCUGGAGACUUGUGUUAGCUCCCCAAGCUAAUGCUUAGGCUUUAGCUCAGUGGGCUAUGACCAUACUGUGGAGCACAGGAAAUGUGGGAUUUAACCCGGUCAGUUACAUGAGCUCCUGGUUGACCCCCAGCUCCUGGUUGACCCCUAGCUCCUUGUUGACCCCUAGCUCCUGGUUAACCCCUAGCUCCUGGUUGACCCCUUGCUCCUGGUUGACCCCUAGCUCCUGGUUGACCACUAGCUCCUGGUUAAUCCCUAGCUCCAGGUUGACCCGUAGCUCCUGGUUAACCCCUAGCUUCUGAUUGACCCCUAGCUCCUGGUUGACCUCUAGCUCCAGGUUGACCCAUAGCUCCUGGUUAACCCCUAGCUUCUGAUUGACCCCUAGCUAAUGGUUGACCCCUAGCUCCUGCUUAACCCCAAGACAUACCUUGUGAUCAUGUGUCAGUCCUGUGCCCAGUAAGACACAUUCAUGACAAAGACAUUAUAUCCGUCAGGGUUUUUCAAGCCAAUCACUUCAUAAAUGGCAUCCUUGUUUUUUAUGUAACAUUUUCAAAAGACAUUGACCCCACAAGACUGGCUUUGAGUGGCAUGCGUGUGUGACCUGUGACAGUGGUAGUAGAGAGAAUGAAGAGCAUAGGUGAGGGGGCUCGGCCAGCGGGCUGGGCCAAUUAUGAUCAGAGGCCUGUAUCUGUGUAGACUUCCAGUUGGUGGUGGAAAUCUUCUCAGACAGUAGCUCCUUGCCUAUAAGUUCAUCUCCUUGUCAUGUGGAGGCUUCCCUGUCUCUCACUUUCUCUCCCUUACUUUACAAUCACUGAGAGACAAGUCUGUUCACUGAUAUGCUGUCUUGACUCAACUCAAAUCAGUUGUUUCAGUAUACUGGGUUUUGGCUGCAUUUACACAGGGAGCUCAAUUCAUUAAUCAGAUCAGCUCUGAAAAAUAUUUGAUGUGAAAGAUCUGAUGUGAUUGGUCAAAAGACCAAGGAGUGUCAAAAAAUAUCAGAAUGUGGCUAUCUGUGUAAAUGCAGCCUUCUAGUCUCAGUCCUCUUCAGUGAUGCGUCUGUACAGGAGGUGGUUAAUAAGUGAGGCAAAUCGUGUUCUUUACUCAGUACCAAAUAUUGAGAUUCCCUUAUGAACACCCACAAUAGAAAAAAAACAUAUCCAAAAUGCAUUAUUUGUAUCAUAAUACAAUGACUUCUGGCAACUCAUUCCCCACAAAAAGCAGCCAUUUGGCCAGGCAUUGAAAGGCAUUGUGUCACUGGUACAGUAGGACUGUACAGUGUGUCUUUCUCCUUCUUUACAGUGACUUGACAUUGCUUUAGAUGCCUUUGUGGCAGCAGACAAUUGUACAUCUGUGUGGUGCCUCCUCAGCUGUAAAAGUCAGACUGACAACAUGUCAGGUAGGCUAGCGGCAGGUAGGUAGCCUAUAAGACUGUUGAGCAAGUUACCGAAGGUAACCGGAGCCUAGUUGAAAAAUAAGUCGUUGUGAUCUUGAGCAAGGCACUUAACCCUAAUUGCUUCUGUAAGAUGCUCUGGAUAAGAGUGUCUGCUAAAUUACUCAAAUGUAAAAAUAUGUUGUUACAAAGUUGUAGUGGCACAUUGAGGCUCAGAACUUGGAGUCUUGAAACGACAUUAUGUGGUAGUUAUGUGUUUGCUGGGAAUGUGGUGGUCUUCUAUGAAUUCUGUAUUAUGUUGCAGCCAUUGUUAAUUUACUGUAAUCAUGUACUUAUUUAUUUCCUUAUUUAACCUCUGUUUGUUUCGUCAUGAUGUGGCUAAUGUUUCCAUUUAAAGGUUGAGUGAAAGCAUAUCUUAUUAACCUCACCAAUAUGUGAUAGGUAGAGAGAUCUGUCUAGGUUUGGCUGAAGCUCAAAAGAUGUAAUCCGCAGUAAGGGAAACUGCGCAACUGUCUGCCCAACGGCCGUAGUUAUUGUUUUGUUCAUGAAGCAGUGUUUGUUGUUUACAGUAACUUCUUUGUUGUUGUAAUACCACAAUCUAACGUGGCAGUUUAACCAAUAAGGACUCCAGCUUGAAGGUGAGAUUUUUAUGAUGAUAUUAUUUUGAGUCUGUUUAUAAUGGUCUGCUGUUGUUGUAAAAGAUCCCUCAGUCAAAUAUGAGCACUUUAAAAGCAGAUACGUUGCGAUUGACAUACAGUAUAAUUUGUAUGUUUUUGUCUCAAAAGGAAUAAAAAAAGAAACCAUU